AGCUUCUCGCCGUCGGCCCUUUGGAGACGUGCAGCGUUCUUCUGAGGUCUCCGUGUUCCUCGGGGCUCUGAAGCUGAUCGUGUGGAGCACCAUGAACCUGUGGCUCAGCCUUCAUCUCCUGCUAGCCGGGCUGCUUCUGAGCGGCUCGGCGCCGAUCCCUGAGGAGUGCCAGCCUCUGAUCACCCCUCUGUCGCUGGAGGACCCCGCCAUGAUGUUCGGCAGGACGAACCUGAUCCUGGGUUACACCGACAAUGAAAAGUUCACCCACAUGCUGAGGAUGACCCAGAGCAUGUGGAUGACCAUCAGCCCCUCACCAUCCAGCCCGAAUACUCAGAUCUUGUAUCAGCACAACAAGAUAAAUGGAACCUGUUUGCUGUCAAAGGUCAACCUAACCACUGACGGCAGCACGGGAACCGCUUCAUACCUCAACAUGACCUCGGAGGUCCAUAUGCUACCUGGGCUCGAAGGCUUUCUUGUCUUCAGCAUUCAAUACAGCAUCGGAAACCUGGACAAGAUGAGGAGCAUAAUGAACAUCGUCAGCGACACCGAAGCGGAGGACCUGAAGGUCCAUGCUCUGUAUCUGAUGGCAAGAGAAACCACUCUGAAGGACUCCGACCGGGAACAUUUCAGGAAGCAGGCGAGCUGCUUCGGCUUCUCCAGAGAACCAGACUUUACCUACGACCCCGUUCACGCUUUCUGCGCCGAAGGAGAGGGGCAUAUGAUAUUAAUAUGAACUAAAUAAAGAAAAGUGGCUCAAAACUU